UCAAGUGAGAAUGUCUGACUCAGAUAGUGAUGAAGACCAAGACAGACCCUUCUCUCUAACUGGCUUUCUCUUCGGAAACAUCAAUGAGGAUGGCCAGCUUGAGGAUGACAGUGUUUUAGACAAUGAGUCCAAGAAGCAUCUGGCUGGUUUGGGAACUCUUGGUCUGGGCUCACUCAUCACAGAGAUCACUGCAAGUGAGGAGGAUGAACAAGAGGGAAACAGAGAUGCGGGGGGUUCAGAUGCAGAAGGUUGGGUGAAAAGCACUGAGGAUGCAGUUGACUAUUCUGACAUCAGUGAAGUUGCUGAGGAUGAGACAAAGAAAUACCGGCAGGCCAUGGGAACAUUGCAACCCACCAGGAAAGCAGAUGAUGAAGAUGACUACGAUGCAGAUUGUGAGGAUAUUGAUUCCAAGUUGAUGCCCCCACCCCCACCGCCAACUCUCUCCACACCAGGCAAGAAAGAGGAAUCCUCUCCACAAACAUCAAGUGUCGGGGAAGAGGGUGAUGGCAUCAUCCUGCCCUCAAUUAUUGCCCCUUCCUCCGUGGGAGACAAGGUGGACUUCAGCAGCUCCUCAGACUCAGAGUCAGAAACCGAACGGCCCUGCCAAGGUCCUGGGGCUGGGGGUGUACCAGACAGGCUCACCCUUCCUCUGGCUGGUAUCAUGCAGAAAGAUGCUGCUAAAGCCCUGCCACAAGUCACGGAGCUCUUCCCAGAGUUUAGACCCGGAAAGGUGCUUAGAUUCUUAAGACUGUUUGGCCCUGGCAAGAACAUGCCCUCUGUUUGGAGAAGUGCCCGCAGGAAGAAGAAACGAAAGCAGCGGGACACUCAGCCUGGGACACCUCCCCCAGAAAUUGAGCACACAGAGCCAUGCCAGGUGAAGGAGAAGAAGUCUGGAUGGACUUAUGAGUAUGCAUCUGCACCGCCUCCAGAGCAGUGUCUCUCUGAUGAUGAGAUAACCAUGAUGGCUCCAGUAGAAUCCAAGUUCUCUCAGACGUGUGGUGAUGGGGACAAGGAGACUGAGACUCGGCCCAAGGUGGCUGAGUGGAGAUAUGGUCCAGCCCAGCUAUGGUAUGACAUGCUUGGGGUACCUGAGGAUGGAAGCUACUUUAACUAUGGUUUCAAACUGAAAGAGGAGCAGAGUGAAGAGCCCAAGAAGCAAGAGACACCUGAAACAACAACAACGACUCCUCAAGAGGAGGGGUCUGAAGAGGAGAAGGACAAAGAGGCCGUUGAAGAUGAGGUCUUCUUGAUGGUCACUCAACUCCAGUGGGAGGAUGACAUCAUCUGGAAUGGGGAGGAUGUAAAACACAAGGGCACCAAGACUCAGCGAGCCAGCUUGGCAGGCUGGCUUCCCUCUAGCAUGACCCGUAAUGCCAAUGCCUACAAUGCACAACAGGGUCUUACCAGAAGUAAUUCCCAGUUGGUGCCACCUACACCUCCACCCAUGCCUAAAGCCUCAUCAAUCUCCAGCUCUAAGCGGGACAAAAACAACCAUGACAAUCAAACCUCUCAUGAAGAGGACUCCCCCUGGUUCUCCAUCUUCCCCAUUGACAAUGAGGAGCUUGUAUAUGGACGCUGGGAGGACAACAUUAUCUGGGAUGACCAGGCCAUGGAUCGCUGGCUGUCCCCUCCUGUCCUAACUCUGGACCCAAAUGAUGAAAAUAUAAUUCUUGAAAUUCCUGAUGAGAAGGAGGAGAGAACAUCCAACUCCCCAUCCAAAGAGAACAAGAAAGAGUCAGCAAUGAAGAAGAGCCGCAUCUUGCUGGGGAAGACUGGGGUUAUAAAGGACGAGCCACAGCAGAACAUGUCCCAGCCUGAGGUGAAGGACCCUUGGAAUCUGUCCAAUGAUGAGUUCUAUUAUCCCAAACAACAGGGCCUGAGAGGUACCUUUGGUGGUAACAUCAUUCAGCACUCUAUCCCAGCUGUGGAACUGAGACAGCCUUUCUUCCCCACUCACAUGGGACCCAUGAAACUGCGCCAGUUCCACCGACCCUCGCUGAAGAAGUAUUCAUUUGGAGCAUUGGCUCAGCCAGGUCCUCAUGCUUCCCAGCCGCUGCUGAAACACAUCAAGAAGAAGGCCAAGAUGCGGGAGCAGGAGCGUCAGGCAUCAGGGGGAGGGGAUAUGUUCUUCAUGCGAACAGCCCAGGACCUGACAGGCAAAGACGGAGAUCUAAUCUUGGCUGAGUACAGUGAGGAAUACCCGCCUCUCCUCAUGCAAGUUGGCAUGGCAACAAAGAUAAAAAACUACUACAAGAGGAAACCUGGGAAGGAUCCUGGUGCUCCAGACUGCAAAUAUGGAGAGACGGUGUACUGCCACACAUCCCCCUUCCUUGGUUCACUGCAUCCUGGACAGCUGCUGCAGGCAUUUGAGAACAACCUUUUCCGUGCUCCUAUCUACCUGCACAAGAUGCCAGAGACAGAUUUCCUUGUCCUGCGAACACGACAGGGCUACUUUAUCAGAGAGCUUGUUGACAUUUUUGUGGUUGGUCAAGAGUGUCCCCUCUUUGAGGUUCCUGGACCCAACUCUAAGCGAGCCAACACCCACAUCAGAGACUUUCUGCAGGUGUUCAUCUACCGCCUUUUCUGGAAAAGCAAAGAUCGGCCACGAAGAAUUCGCAUGGAGGAUAUAAAGAAAGCCUUUCCCUCACACUCGGAGAGUAGCAUACGGAAAAGGCUAAAACUCUGUGCAGACUUCAAACGCACAGGGAUGGACUCCAAUUGGUGGGUGCUAAAGCCAGACUUCAGACUGCCUACGGAAGAGGAAAUCCGAGCCAUGGUGUCUCCAGAGCAGUGCUGUGCCUACUACAGCAUGCUGGUGGCUGAGCAAAGGUUGAAGGAUGCUGGAUAUGGUGAGAAAUCCUUCUUUGCUCCAGAGGAGGAGAAUGAAGAAGACUUUCAGAUGAAGAUUGAUGAUGAGGUUCGCACAGCCCCAUGGAACACAACAAGAGCCUUCAUUGCCGCCAUGAAGGGGAAGUGUCUAUUGGAAGUCACUGGUGUGGCAGAUCCGACAGGCUGUGGGGAGGGCUUCUCUUAUGUCAAAGUUCCAAACAAGCCCACACAACAGAAGGAUGACAGGGAGCCACAACCAGCCAAGAAGACUGUGACGGGGACUGAUGCUGACCUGAGGAGACUCUCGCUCAAAAAUGCUAAGCAGCUGCUGCGCAAAUUUGGCGUUCCAGAAGAAGAGAUCAAAAAGCUGUCUCGCUGGGAGGUGAUUGAUGUGGUGAGAACCAUGUCCACAGAACAGGCGCGUUCGGGUGAGGGCCCCAUGAGCAAGUUUGCCCGAGGGUCCCGUUUCUCCGUGGCAGAACACCAGGAGCGCUACAAGGAGGAAUGCCAAAGAAUCUUUGACCUACAGAACAAGGUGUUGGAGUCAACAGAGGUGCUCUCCACGGACACAGACAGCAGCUCUGCGGAGGACAGUGACUUUGAGGAGAUGGGGAAGAACAUUGAGAACAUGCUGCAGAACAAGAAGACCAGCUCUCAGCUGUCACGAGAGAGGGAAGAGCAGGAGAGAAAGGAGCUGCAAAGAAUGCUGAUGGGCGAAGAGAUUGACCGCGACAACAAGGGACGCAAGGAGCGACGCAAGGGCUUGUCCAGUGCCUUGUCCACCAGUUCCCACAAGGAUGACGACGCAUCCUCCGUCACCAGCCUGAACUCCUCAGCCACAGGGCGACGACUCAAGAUCUACCGUACCUUCAGGGACGAGGAUGGAAAGGAGUAUGUCCGCUGUGAGACUGUGCGCAAAGCUUCAGUCAUUGACGCCUACACCAGGAUACGAACCACCAAGGACGAUGAAUUCAUACGAAAAUUUGCCCUCUUUGAUGAGCAGCACAGAGAGGAGAUGAGAAAGGAGCGUCGCCGUAUUCAGGAGCAGCUCAGGAGAUUAAAACGUAACCAGGAGAAGGACAAGUUCAAGGGCCCCCCAGAGAAGAAGGCCAAGAAGAUCAAAGAGAGGCCAGACCUCAAGGUAAAACUAAAGUGCGGAGCGUGUGGGGCCAUUGGACACAUGAGAACCAACAAGUUCUGCCCACUAUACUAUCAGACUAAUGCACCACCCUCCAACCCAGUCGCCAUGACAGAGGAGCAGGAAGAGGAGCUGGAAAAGACUGUCAUCCACAAUGACAACGAGGAGCUGAUCAAGGUGGAGGGGACCAAGAUUGUCUUGGGCAAACAGCUCAUUGAAAGUGCCGAUGAGGUACGCAGGAAAUCUUUGGUGCUAAAGUUUCCCAAACAGCAACUCCCACCCAAGAAGAAGAGACGCGUGGGCAGUGCAGUGCACUGUGACUAUCUCAAUAGGCCACACAAGUCCAUCCAUCGCAGACGCACCGACCCCAUGGUGACCUUAUCAUCUGUCCUGGAGGGCAUUAUUAAUGACAUGCGGGAUCAUCCAAAUACAUACCCUUUCCAUACACCAGUCAACGCCAAGGUGGUGAAGGACUACUACAAGAUCAUCACUCGGCCAAUGGACCUCCAGACACUGAGGGAGAAUGUACGCAAGCGAAUGUACCCAUCGCGUGAUGAGUUCCGUGAAAGUGUAGAGCUCAUUGUCAAAAAUAGUGCCACAUACAACGGUGCAAAGCAUCCCAUUACCCAGGUAGCUCAGUCCAUGCUAGACCUGUGUGAUGCUAAAUUGAAAGAGAAAGAGGACAGGCUAGUGAGACUGGAAAAAGCCAUUAACCCCUUGCUGGAUGAUGAUGACCAGGUCGCCUUCUCGUUCAUCCUGGACAACAUUGUGACUCAGAAAAUGAUGGUGGUUCCAGACUCAUGGCCAUUCCACCAUCCUGUCAACAAGAAAUUUGUGCCAGAUUAUUACAAGGUGAUCGUUAACCCUAUGGAUCUAGAGAAUAUCCGCAAGAACAUCUCCAAACACAAGUACCAGAACCGAGACGCCUUUCUGUCUGACGUCAGUCUGAUCCACACCAACAGUAUCAAAUACAAUGGUCCAGACAGCCCUUACACAAAGACUGCCCUGGAAAUUGUUAAUGUUUGCAAGCAAACAUUGGCAGAGUAUGAUGAGCACCUGACCCAGCUGGAGAAGGACAUCUCCACUGCGAAAGAGGCCGCUUUGGAUGCAGCAGACUUGGAGAGCCUGGACCCAAUGACUCCUGGCCCCUACACACCCCAGGGUCGCCAUGGCAGAAGGCUAGGGGAGGAGGAGUCUGAUGUGGACAUUGAAGGUUUUGAGGAGGAAGAUGAUGGCAAACCCAAGACUCCAGCUCCUGCAGAGGAUGGCGAAGGAGAUCUGGAGGAUGAGGAUGAUGAAGAGGAUAUGUUGCUGCCACCUCGCAGAAGGCUGCAUGGCCAGGAGGAGGAGGAAGAAGAAGGGGAGGAUGAAGGUUCCAGCCGCCCACCCCAGGCCAGCGUGCUGUACCAGGACUUGCUCAUGUCUGAUGGGGAGGACGAUGCAAGUGAAGAGGAGGGUGACAACCCUUUCUCCUCCAUUCACCUGUCAGAGAGUGGCAGUGAUUCAGACAGAGAGGUGGACGUGCAUCCUCCACCCCCACACCGAGGUCACCAAGAGAUGGCCCGCAUGGGCAUGGAGCAGGAUGAGAGCAUGAUGUCAUAUGAAGGGGAGGGGCCUGAUGAGACUCACUUGGAGGACAGCAAUGUCAGUUAUGGGAGUUAUGAGGAGACAGAAAGCCAGAGUCAGCAUCAGCCUGAUGGCAUGGGCAACGGAGAGGAGUAUGGUAUCAGUGAGGAGGAAGAAGAGGAGGAAGAAGAAGAGGAGGAAACGAGGAGGAGGGGUCCAGCAGUCCUGUCCCAGGUCCAGCUGAGUGAGGAUGAGGAGAGUGAGGAAUUCAGAUCCAUUGGAGGAGACAGUGACAUGGACUCAGACAACUAGCAAAAUUCUUUCUCUCCAGAGACAGUUUUUUGGAUUCCAGUCAACUGUUCAUUUUGUCAUAAAUUAAAAACAGUGACAUUUGUGAGGUAUAUAACUGCACGUAUCAUGGCUUUGUAUAUGAUGCUUAUGAAAGGUGUGUGAGCAUUUCAACUGUUAUCAGACUUAUCACCACAGUGAUUUCUGGGAUACAGUCAGUUUUUUGUACAUACUGAUUAUGUAUGGGAUGGCGUACACCAGGCAACUGCAUAUUUUAAUUAAGACCUUUGUUAAGCCCAAAAUGUUUUCUUCUUGAAAAUGAUGCAUCUGCUUAGGGAUUUUGUAUUCUUUGAUUUUUUGUUUAUUUUAAUAUUUAAAAUAUAACAACAUAUUAAUUUUAAAGUGAGUGUAUUUCACAAGCCAUGAUGACUGGAAGUUGAGAAACAUUGUAAAUUUCAUGUGGUCCUCUAACAAGCUGCACCAGCACAAAAUAUUUGACAGCCGCUAAAAUUCUGUAAUCACCUCACUUCAAACAAACUGUAUAUAAAGUAGAAUAACUUGAUUACGAUUAAGUUUCUUUUCAGUCUACAAUCAAAGACUUUGUGCUCGUCCUAGUGUUACUUGUACUAUACUGGGCUAUGUGAAUCUGUUGGCCUUUGGUGUUAUUUUUAUUUUCUAAGCUUUUAAUUUUUUUAAAAAAAAU